ACGGCCGCGGCCCGGCGGGGGCAUGAAAGCCACAGGUUGAGCGCCUGUUCCCCGGCUUGGAGACGCCAGGCGUGGCUGCUCAGGAGCACGAUGUCAACGGCAGGCGUGGCCGCUCAGGAGCUGCGCACCCCGCUGAAGACGGGGUUUCUCCCCGACAGCCAGGCCCUGGGGGGCAUGAAGGCCUGCUGGGGCGGGCGCAGUGGGUUUGAAAAACACUUUCUGAACAUGGACCCCAUCGCCAUGGCCUACAGUCUGAACCCCGCGGCGCAGGAGCGCCUGGCAGCUCUCGGGGACGCCCCCAGGCCCGCGCGGACGAGUGGCCGCCGCUUGGCCGAAAGCGGCGCCCCGCAGCAGCCCAGCUCGCCCGCCCUGACCCUGCCCGGGCGAAGACCGGGCCAGCGCGACGAGGACCCGCUGGCCGGCGGCUUCCGGCGGCUCGCGGUGGCCGCGGCCCGCGCGCCCUCGCCCCCGCCCGCGCCCGGCAAGAGCCCGCUGGGCCCGGGGCCCGGCCUGGGCGCGCCCGCGAGCGAGCGGCGCGCGCGGCCGCUGCCGCCCCUGCCCGGCGCCGAGGCCGCGGGCCUGGACGCGGCGGACGGCGCGGCGGACAGCGAGGCGGACAGCGAGGUCGAGUUCCUCACCGGCGCGGACACGGCGCUGCUGCUCGCGGCCGGGCUCAGGGCGGACGGCCCGGGCCGGCGCAGCUUCCGCGGCUGCGGCCAGGUCAACUACGCCUACUUCGACACGCCCGCGGCCUCCGAGGCCGACCUCAGCCGCGAGCCCGCCCCGGCCCCGGCCCCGGCCCCGGCCCCGCCGCGCAGGCAUCGCCGGCUGCGGCGCUCGCACUCGGGGCCCGCCGGCUCCUUCAGCAAGCCGGCCGCCCGGGCCAGCGGCGCGCCGCGCGCCUCCCCCCACUCGGACGAGGACAAGCCGGAGGUGCCCCCCCGGGUCCCCAUCCCCCCGCGGCCGGUGAAGCCCGACUACCGCAGGUGGUCGGCAGAAGUCGCCUCCAGCACCUACAGCGACGAGGACCGGCCCCCCAAGGUGCCCCCGAGAGAACCCCUGUCUCGGGGCAGCUCCCGCACCCCGAGUCCCAAAAGCCUUCCGUCUUACCUCAACGGGGUCAUGCCCCCGACGCAGAGCUUCGCGCCGGACCCCAAGUACGUGAGCAGCAAAGCCCUGCAGAGACAGAACAGCGAGGGCGCGGCCGGCAGGGCCCCCUGCAUCCUGCCCAUCAUCGAGGACGGGAGGAAGGCCAGCUCCACGCACUACUACCUGCUGCCCGAGCGGCCGGCCUACCUGGACAAAUUCGAGCAGUUUUUCCAGAAGGUAGAAGCAGCCCACGCCAGCGCCCCGGUCCCGCCGUUACCCGCUGUCUGCGGCGUCCUCUCGGCCACCGAGAAGCUGGACUUGAAGCCGCGGGCGGACCCCGGCGGCCACGCCAAGCGCAAGCACCUGUCCUAUGUGGUCUCACCGUAGACCCAGGUCGGGUCGGCCGCGGGCACGGGGGCACGGGCGGUUCUCGGGCAGCGUCCCAGCCUGGCGAGGCUCGCAGAGCGUGUGGGGUGGCAGGAGCAGGAAGCCGAACUCUGUGUAGAGAGAGGGGUGGGCGCGGGGUCCCGAGGCUGGCGGCGCUGGCGGGGGCUGUGCUGGCGCGAGGACGGGGCUCCUCAGCGGGCGUGGGGGCCCGGGUGUGCAGGUGGCUCACGCAGACAGAGCUGCAGGUCAGCCCGCAGCCGCUCUCAGAGAACAUCUGCUCCGGGUUCUAGAAACUCCAGCUGGAGAUGACUCCCGAGAGACUGGACAUGGAGCAAGUGGAAGCGAAAAGUAGCGUUGAGAUCCGAAUCCCCAAAAGAAAUUAUUUGUGCUUAGCGAGUUGGGAGAUGUCUGGCUCCGAGGCCCGUCCCGUUCCUCGCGUUAGUGCAGCCGUCUCCCUCCAAGGGCGGGGGUGCCCCCCGCAAGACCCAGACCUGCCCAGGGACGGCGCCCCGGCUCAGGCGUCUGUGGCGUGGAGGGGGGCGCCGUCGAUGUGGCAUCCAGAGUUCCGCCUGGACGUCCCUCCGCAGAGCUGCAAAGAUAGAAUCAGUGAAGAACUUGGCCUUGCAACCCCGGCUCCGGCCCCCUGCGAGGGGCCGUCGCCGCCAGCCCCGCCGGGAGCAGCCCGCGAUGGCGCGUGGCCGCGGGGGGCGCGUGUUACGUUGUGUGUGUGUGUUUCUUGGACCGUUGAUAAGCAGGUACGACACAAGCCGGCCUUGUGUUGCUGGUUCCUGUUCAGUAUUUCCUGGGAUUGUUUGCUUUUCCAGUAAAACACUUCUGACCAAGAGCGCAGUAUGUCUUAAUGCCAGAGGUCACGGCGGCGCCUUUCGCCUGUGAAGCUCUCAGCCGGCCGCGGGUCGGGCGCAGCGAGGCCCAGGCGCCCGUCCUCGGGGGGCAGGGGGUGCCUCGCGCCUCGCCCUCCGCGGUGGGACGCGCCGUUUACAGUUUCAACUGCUGAAUGAUCUUGUUCGAGCUAUUUAAAGCUUGUAUUUUAGUCUGAACUAAAUGAAGGUUAAAACACGCUUUAGAACCAUGCACUGAUUCUGCGUCGUGUGUACGUCGUCGGACAAAGGGUUUUGUUCAUUUUUGUCGCAUUAUUUUGAAUAUUGUCUUUUCAUUUUAAUAAAGUUACAGUACUUAUUUAUGACACCGUUAACAUCGUGUCUUGCCUCGACUCUUCUGAAAGGGCCCGUCUCGCGUCGCGGCCAGCGCCACCACUCUAAGGUGAAGGGGAGACUUCCUCACAGUCAAGCUGUGCCUGACAUCCGGGUGGUUCCCUCGGGCGACAAAUGCCGUGAGCCUCCACCUUGAGCAAUUAGGAAAGUGAGCGUGAAUGUGUGUUACCAUGGAAACGCGUCUCUGCCCUUCCCCACCCCCCCAGGAAGCCAGCUCUGGGUGCAGGGGUGGCUCCUCCAGGCUCUGGGACAGGCCCGGGGUGGGUGCAGGAGU